UUUUCAACUGGCUUACUUUGUGAGGAUUUUCUGUUAGUCUGUAGGAGUAUUCCAAUAGAAGUUAUUCAGAUUUCAUAUGACUAUGUGUUCUCAGAAUUAUCAAGGGAACUGAUUGUGAUGUAGACUUGUUGCAAUAUAAUUUCUUUAUAAGGAGUUAGGCAACUGAUAAUUGGCUAAAUAAUCCUGUUCUGAGAUCACAGUGUGCUUUACUGGGAAAAUAAUUUUCUCUUUAGAAAGUUACAGUGAUUUUAGUAGCUAAACCACUGGUUCAUAGGAGUUUUUGUCCUAAACCCACAGUGUGGAGAGGGUGCUAUACUCUAAAUAACUAGCAAAUUACUUUUGUUUUAGUUUCAGUAGAAAGUAAAACAAAAAGUUAUAUGGUUCAAGUAAAUGUUAUCAAUGUUCAAUAAAAAUGAUUAAAGAUUAAAACCUGCCCAAUCCUGGGUAAGGAAAAAGUAAAAAUAAGGGUACAGUUUUGUCCUUUGGUCACCCUAUAGAUGCAUAAUGCAUUUUCUAUGGAACUCAAAAGUCAGGGCAGCAUGAUUUGAAAAACCACCAGUAAAUUAUAUACAUCAGUAGAGUAAGUGUCCAAAAACAUAACAUCCUAGUCGUUCUAUUAGCAAUUUGUGGUAAUGAACUUCUGUGGGCCUAAAUUUCCUCAUCUGUGAAACGAGUAGAUUUAACUAGGUCUUUUCCAGCUCAAAUAUUCAAGACAACUAUUAGCAACUGUAGGUAAAUCUCAAAACUUUGCAACUGUGUAGUCCACAGCAACAUUAUAUGCUUACUGAAGAGUAAAAUUUUAUGCCUACCUCAAAAUUCUGUCAUUUUUAACCUUAAAAAUGUUACAAAAAUCUUGUGUUGAGUGCUUGCCUAACACAAGGCCAUGUCCUUAAUCCAGCACUGGAUCAAAAAAGUUGAGAUUGCAACAUAAAUUACCCUGUUUAAAGCAAUGUUAAUAUUCCUUUCUUUCUCAAAUAGUGGUAUUUCAUUGAGUCAACCUGGCAAACAUUGAGUACUCAUUACCUGACAGGCACUUGAGUAUGGAGGAAUGAAAGGAUCACAAAAGAAAGUUAGCAACAUUCCCUUUCCAAUACAAAGGCAAUCAGUUCUUAACAAAUAGGGUCUUUCCAAUAGAACCUUACACUGCAAAGAUGUUGCUUUCUUUCUAAACAAUAGGGACAAUAGGGUGGGUGCUACACAGGAACAUUUGAUAAGCAAGUAAAAUGUGAGGGGGCACAGCAAGAGAGCUGUGUAUCUAAAAAUUGGGAUAUUUUUCUAAGCACAAUAGCUUUGUUGCAACUGAUUUCUGAUGAACUUUAGUACAGUAUUUAAUUUCAUAGAGUACAAAAGGUUUUGCUUUUCUAAAUACCAAAGUAUCUCUUAAGCAAAAAUUACAAUGCCUGAAUGUUUACUGUUUACUGGGGAUGGUUUUAGGGUCAAGAGAAGGGUUACCAUGAUGCCUUUGAGGACUUGGUAAGGAAUGGUGGGAGGCCCAUCCCCUCUGGACUUAACAAAUCCUUUGACAGUUGAUGCCUGGCAAGUCUUGGGGCUCCCUCCCUUUGUUACUGGUAGAUCUCCCAGCUCAACUCCGCAUUGUACCCCUACUCACUCUACUACUCCAAGAUGGAGCCUACAUACACUACUCCCUCUAGAGAUGGGCAACCUUCAUGUACCCCACCCAACUGUUGAUGAGGCCUGUUGUGCUCAUGGGCCACAACCACACUAACCUACCAACCCACCAACCCACAUCACCUUCCAAGGAACUGGCCAGUCACCACUAGGCCCCACCCUUCUCCAGAGCGUACCCAAUGGGUGGAGCCGAAGCUGCGGGUGGGCGGGGACUGAGGCAGGCACAUUUAAAGAACGGCCGCGGCGAGAGGAAGCGAGAGAGGAGAAGAAAGAGAGGCUGGGGGAGGGGAGGUGCGAGGCGCCGUCCAAUGACAAAGCCCCGGGGUGGGCGCCAGCCGCCAUUUUGAGCCGGGCGGCAGGAAAUCCACUGCGUCCUCCGCCCUCGGAGAGAGGGGAGGGGCGGGGGCGGCGGCGGCUGCGAGAAAAGUAGCGAGGGAGCGAGAGACGCGCCGGGCGAGAGGCGCCCGCAGCGGCUGUCGCCGCGGAGCUCGACGCGGACGCGAGACCGAAGACGGCAGCAGCGGCCCCGCGAGUGCGGCGGGCGGCUCCGAGCGGCCUCCGAUGCGGCGCAACGUGAAGAGGCGGCGGCGCCCGCCCCGGGCCGCCUGGGGCGGCGGCGGUGGCGGCGGCGGCGGCGGCGGCGGCAGCCCCGAGGCGGGCGGCGGCGCGGGGCCCGAGGCGCGGGAGGAGAAGGUGGUGUACUCGCGCUCGCAACUGUCUCUGGCCGACAGCACCAAGGCUCUGGGCGACGCCUUCAAGCUGUUCAUGCCUAGCAGCACGGAGUUCAUGAGCUCCGAGGCGGAGCUCUGGAGCUUCCUGUGCAGCCUCAAGCACCAGUUCUCCCCGCACAUCCUGCGCAGCAAGGACGUCUAUGGCUACUCCUCCUGCCGGGCCCUGGUUCCCGACCCCACAGAGCCCCCCGCCGCCCGCAGCCGCCCGCGCCGGCCCGGCCCGCGCGCCGCGGCCAGGAGGAGGCGCCGUGGAGUCCGCGCGGCCCCCGCGGCCCGGAAGAGGCCCAGACCGCCGCCUGCUCCCGGGGAGUCGGGCCCCGCCCGGCCCGUGGAGCCUGGACCCUGCAGCUUCGGGGGUCGCAGCCUGGAGGAGAUCUGGAGGGCGGCCACUCCGACGCUGGUCUCCUUCCCCACCAUCCGCGUCGGCGAAGACGUAUGGGAAGAGCGCAGCCUGGCGGCGGCGCGGCGCCGAGCGCGCCUAGUCCUGCGCGUGGACCUGGAACCCGUGGUGAGGCUGCGCCGCUUCCCGGUGUCGCGGGCGUAAGGGGACGCGGGUGACCCGCGCCGCCCCGGCCCCGCAGAGACGGACAAACGUCAGUCGAGUGUUUACAGAACGGGCCCGCACCAGGUCCUCCGAGCACUUUACAAGACCUAGCCCCCGAGGGCUCGUCCCGCUCUGCGCCCCGGGACGUGGGGGGUCCGGGACCGGUGUGCGUCCUCGGCCGCCUCCGGCACCGCGUCUGCGGGAGGAGGAGCCGGCCGGACCCGCGGGGGAGGGCCCUUGGCUUCCUGACCCCAGAUUGAGACGUCUCCAGGACUACAGGGGCGGGCAGACCCGGUUUCCCCCUUUUGGACUCUACCUCACUGGUCUGGAAGUCCUCCGAAGAAAGUCAUUCUUUUUUUUUUUUUUCUUUUCUUGUUCUUCCAAAGGCAUUUGUCGUCGUGUGCUAGUGUUAAAAAAAAAAAAAGCCACAAUUUGACUUACUCGUUCUCCUCCCCUGACUGCCGCCACCCUUCUCUCUGGAUGGAAGAUCCGAUAUGUUUUGUGCUGGUGGAUUAGUUUGUGCUCAGGGUAUUCUGAAUUUCACUCGUUUUGCUAAAUUUAUUAUUAUUCUCCUGGAUUCCAAAGCCUUGAUCAAGGAUAUUUUCUAAGAGUUUCAAGUGUGUGACUGAUGGGAGUGCAAGGAUUUCUAUGAAUCCAGUGACUUUUUCAAAAGAGACGCAGAAGUAUAACUUUAAACGUUUAUAUAAGGGUUUUCUCAUGUAUGUUGCUAUUUACUGAGCUUCUAAACAAAAUGGUAGAAUACCGUUCUUGAGUUUUGUUUAGGAAAAAUUGACUUGUCAGAUUCUUUAAUUGAAUAAAAUUUAAUGUGUUUGGAACCACAUCGCUUGUGCUCAAAAGUGAAUUGUGAACAUCUGGCGUUGGUGACAGGAAUGAGUGGAAUCCAUUUGGAGUUACUUUGGCCUCGUGUCUCGGUCUAACAUAAAAAUCCUGGAAUGUUCAAGGGAAGAUAUUGUAAAAUGGAAGUUGCAUUAGAGAGAUCACUGUCAACAUAGAAUAAAGAGAUAAGCGGAAUACCCAUUAGUGAAUUCUCAGAAUGGAUAAUAAUCUACAGGGAGGGGUGGGGGCAUUUCUUGAUAUCAAAUAACUGGUUGAAGUUACUGUGGACAACAUAGGUAUUUUUUUUUUUUUUUGCUUUUGGAUACCAAGAAAUGCCCGGACUACUAUUCAUUGCCUUUAUGAACUUCAUGACAAUUCAUUGCUUUCGUCCUGUGAAUUUUUUUUAAGUCAUCUUUCCAUUUAUAAUUAUGCUUGCAGUCUUUGACAACUAAAGGCCACAGGAAUCAAAUAGGGAGCUACACAUAGCACUGACCCUUCUUUUAUAGUAGUGUGUAUACCAUACAGCCCAGUGUGGAAUUCUUGAUUAAUUCAAGUGCCUUUGGUCGUUGGUGGCAGCAAGACUUAAUGGUUUUUAGCCAGUGGUGCCACAGACACCUUUUACCGCAAUACCUAAAGGGUCAAGUGUUUUUGUGCUACUAGUAUUUCAAAUUUAAGUAUUCUGCCAUGGAAUGAUCCAUACUGGGCUGGAACUUGACAUAUUAAAUCCUCAGUGCUAAAGUUUUUGUGAGCUUGGCAGCUUCUUGGGAGAAUGAGUUCCUCUUUGACCCUUAUGACCCUGGAAUUCAAAUGGCAAAGCUUUCUGAAAUGAUUAUUUUAAAUUUAAUAGUCCAUAGUGUUGUGACUUAAUUUCAGUGUUGUUUUGUAAAAACAAUUAUAUAUAUAUAUAUACAUAUAUGACUUUAUGCCAGUUUCCCAAUAAGCCUAAUCUUUAUACUCAAUACAUUGUUACAAAUGCUGUCACAUGAAUAAAUAAAAAGUAAAUAACUAGAAGGAGAGAGUUAAAUUAUAGUUGUGUGAUGGGAAGCUAAGACAUACUCUAUCAGUCUUUAGCCUCCUUGCCAAAUGUAUUUCAGAUACAUAGGAUUUUAUUUCCCCAAAAUAUAUUGUUUUAUAGUUAACCCAGCACCUGAAUUUGUACCACUACACUGUUGUACAGUUUUAUAAUAGUUGAAAACAAAUCCAAUGGCCAUAUUAAAAUGUAAUUUCAAUGUGUAGCUUAUCUUGUUUCCCAGAGGAUUUUGAAAUUAGACUUAGCUGAGAGAAUAACUUUUCUCUGCACACAACUAAAACAACCCAGUGACACCUUGCAUUUAUUUUAACAGACUCUUGACAGUAUUUUUCUUAUGCCUUGUUACUUUGGUGCACUUGAACUCAUGUAAAUGAUUCCUUGGUUUCUUUGCGCUGAUGUCAGUUUGGAUCUGAUUGCCUGUCUGAAUUUAAUAUGGCUCUUCUGGGCUACUAAAAUGUUAUGCCAUUUCUAGUUUGUGGAGUAAGAUGUAAAAAAACAAAAUAAGAAACUUUAUUUUUGUCAAGUUUUCUUCAGCAAAACGUGACAACUCCUAAAAUGUGAAGAAAAACACCUAAUACAGAUGGCUAAUGAACUAAUAGAGUGAAAGUUUUGUAUGGGUACCUUUGGACAGAAUGUGAAAAGAAACUUGGCAUAGUGGCCUUUAUUGUGAGGCAUCCAUUAUUGUCCUAUAAAGUGAAUCUGUAGCUUAGUUUGUGUAUAGUUUUUCAAGAAAUCUCAUCACUUCUCUCAUUUUCUCUUAUAUCUUAUAUGGCACAAGUAGAGAGGGACAUCUAGGAGAAAAAUCUAUUAUCAGCCUAUGCUUUCACUUAAUGUUUGACUUUGAAUGCCUAAAUGUGGUGACUGGCACCUGACAUAAUCUUUUGAGAUCCUUGAUGUCAUUUUUACCUUCCUCUCUGUCAACCAGCAGUUUUUACUUUGUUAAUAACAUGAUAGCAAGCUUCAUUGUUGAUAGUGUGAGGUGUUGCUGUUGUGGGGUGUGUUAUUUUGUCUUAAGUUUGAAUACACUAUUGGACAAGUAUAACAAGCUGGUGGCUAAUACCGACUGAUUUGCUAUGUGCAAAUGAUAGUGCUAUUUUUCAGAAAUCUCCAGUAAAAAUUUAAAUUUUUUUAAUACAAAUUUGAACAAUUUUGAACACAAUUUUUUUCUUUAAGGGUUGCCACAGCAUUCUUUAAAUAGGUGAUUUUUAGUGAACAUAUAUAUAUAUGCCUAACAUUUACUUUAUUGGUAUGUUAAAAUAUUUUUUAAUAAACUGUUAUGUCUUAAGUGCAUUAGAAAGCAAUUGUUUGUAGUGGAACUCUGAAGUGUUUCUCUGGAUGAUUUAAUGUGCAUAUGAUUGUGCUUUGCUUUUUAACUUAUUAACUGUAAAUAAAUUUUAGAGAAUA